GCCAUCUGGCUGGUAGCCUUCGUACCAUCUCUGAUAUUGGGUUUGGAUUAUGGCCUCUUGGUGGCCAUCUCAUUCGCCAUUCUAACAGUCAUCUACAGGACGCAGAGCCCUAAAAGUUCCAUCCUGGGCCACGUUUCCAGCACCGGGCUGUACUAUGACGUGGAUGAUUACGAGGAGGCGGCUGAAUAUGAGGGGAUUAAGGUUUUCCACUCCAACUCUUCCAUCUACUUUGCAAACAGUGAUCUUUAUGUGAAUUCCCUCAAGGAGAAGGUAAUCCUAGCCAUUAUGUGUUUGAGUAUGUGUAUGUCAGUACUGGUACUGAGUCAUCAUAUCCCUUGUACCUGUGUGGAGGAGAGGAACAUCAGAAACACUUGUUAUCCCUGGGCUUUAAACACUUUUAGGGCUGUGAGGUGCAGUAAAGCCUAGAAUGGUCCACAGUUACCCAGAGAAGUGUAAUUGUAGUGAAGGGCAAACUAUUUGGUGGCAGACUGACUGUUAAAGAUGUAAACAAACAGGUCUGUUGUGAGAUCAACAGGAAGAGAAGAAGGCAGCCGGCUUACAGAUAAUUCUUUACAUUUCAGCCCACUCUUCUUUGCAGAGCUGCUUUAGUGCAGCCAUGUUGGAGGGUUUGUGAGCUCUUUUUAGAUCCCACCACGGCAUCUCCGUGGAGUUCAAGUCCAGACUAUCAAGAGAUAAAACGUAGUGUUUUUAGGGGUUAGUGUUUGUUUCCAUUGCACCACUCUCCCAUGGAUGUUAGUUUUGCCCAGCGGUGUCAUAAAAAUUGGAGGUUUACCUUGGAUCUGAUGGGACUCCUUGAAACAGCUGUGUAGCCCUUUUCAGACUCCUCCUUUUUCUUUUGGAAUUUAAAUAGAUUUUUUCUGCAGCGUUCCACUGCCAAGAGCUUUAUAGCCAACUUCAUGCUUCUGCAAAUGCUUAUCGAAGUGACCAACUGGACUGAACAGGGCUGGUAGCACUUGGGCCUGAUGUGCCCUGUCAUCAGUGCAGUUUGGUAGUUCUUUGGGUUUAGUAACUAAUGGGAAAACUGCUUUUUGUCACAUGCCCAGCUGGUAUUAAAAUAGCCUUUUGCUUCAAUAAUGAAAAGCAGCAGGGUACUGACCCUCGGCGCUGUGUGCUUACAGUAUUGUAGCAUGUACGAUGAGCAUCCCCCCCAAAAAUACAUUAAACCCUGAAGCUGAUACAAUCACAAGCAACUAAAACACUGUAUUAGUUGUAGUGAUUACUGUUGGGUAAUAUUUUUGGUUUAGUAUGAUGCUUUUUUAUCGUUAAACAUUGCAGCUAUGUUAUACCUGCUGUAUAAUAGUCAGAGCCAGUAAAACACAACCCAGAAACGUACCACGCUUUAAAGGGUGGAGCAGCCGAACCGGAGAGUCAGUGCAGUCCAGUCUUAGCUUCACAGAUUCACCAGCAAAUUCCACACAAAAUCAAACUGUCCG